AUGGUGACCCUGAUAACUAUAUUGCAUACUAUCGAAGAGCUACUGUAUUUUUAGCUAUGGGUAAAUCAAAAGCAGCACUUCCUGAUUUAACUAAAGUGAUCGAAUUGAAGAUGGAUUUCACUGCAGUAAGUGAAGUGGAACAUUGUGUGGAGCAUGUAGAGGAGGAGGAGGCUGAUCGCCUCAAGCAGACAGGAACUAGAAGGAAAAGUACCGGAAGGGUUUGUGUUUGGGAUGCAGAAUUACGUGAACUUCGAGCUGAAUGUUUUAUACAAGAAGGGGAACCUAGAAAGGCUAUAAGUGACUUAAAAGCUGCAUCCAAACUGAAGAAUGAUAACACUGAGGCAUUUUAUAAGAUCAGCACACUGUACUACCAACUAGGAGACCACGAACUUUCCCUCAGGUCAGUUCUGCUGAUCUGGUCAUUAUUUGCUGUGGAAAUAGGAAUGUCAGAAUUGUUACUCAUCAUGUUUCACUCAUUUAAUAGAUACAUGGAUGCCGCUAGCAAGUAUGAAUCUGUCAUGAAAACAGAGCCCAGUGUUGCUGAAUAUACAAUUCGUUCAAAAGAAAGGAUUUGCCACUGCUUUUCUAAGGACGAAAAGCCUGUCGAGGCCAUUCGAGUAUGUUCUGAAGUGUUACAGAUGGAACCCGACAAUGUGGAUGCCCUGAAAGACCGAGCAGAGGCCUACUUAAUUGAAGAGAUGUAUGAUGAAG